AUGACACGCCCAAGUCUGCACGUCAGAUGUGAUGCGAUUGUUCAGUCUAUACUUCGAAGUUCAACACCAUCAGCUUUAUCACCACCACCUCUAUCACGGCGCUCAGUCCCUCAAACACCACGCCGUUCUCAAUCACUCGUAGCCACUUCAAGUACAGAAACCAACCGCUCCCGCUCCAGCUCCAGCUCCAGUGACCUUCCACUCAGUGGUCUGAAAGUGCUGGACCUGUCACGCGUCCUAGCCGGCCCCUUCUGCACACAGAUCCUGGCCGACUACGGCGCCGACGUGAUCAAAGUCGAGCAACCCCUGGUUGGGGACGAGACGCGCCAAUGGCGCACGCACGGCGAGACCCAGCAGAAAUGGCGACCCGAACACAACCUCAUGUCGCUGUACUUUGCCGCCGUGAACCGCAACAAACGGUCCGUCACGGUAGACCUGAAGACUCGGAAAGGGGUUGAGGUCGUCAAGGCACUAGCCAGCCGGAGCGACGUGGUCGUCAACAACUUCCUGCCCGGCAAAAUGGACGAGUUGGGUCUCGGGUACGACGCCUUGAAGAGCGGAAAUGAUCGGGGGCUUAUCUACGCCAGUGUUAGCGGGUACGGGGCCACAGGGCCGAGUCGCGAUCGUGCCGGAUACGAUGCCAUCGCGCUCGCCGAGGCUGGGUUGUUGCAUAUCACGGGCGAUGAGAAGGGAGGGCCGACCAAGCCGGGUGUCGCAAUCGCGGAUCUCUGCACCGGCUUGUAUACUCACGGAGCGAUUCUGGCGGCGUUGAAUCUGAGACAGAAGACGGGGUUGGGAUGUAAAAUCGAUGCCAGCUUGUUCGAGAGCAGUUUGAGCUUGUUGAUUAAUGUCGGCCUGGCGGCUUUGAAUCUCGACCUUGACCAAGGGCCCCAGAGGAGAAGGAGAGGGAAGCGAUUGGGUUUGGGACAUCCAAAUCUCGUGCCUUAUGGAGCCUUCGAGACCAAGGAUCAGAAGAUGCUCUUUGUGGCUGCCAAUAAUAAUCGGCAAUGGAAGGGGCUUUGUGCGCGGUUGGAUGUCGAGGGAUUAUGGGAUGAUUCACGGUUCAGCACCAACGAUGGAAGAGUGGAGAACAGGGACGAGAUCAAUGGCAUUCUGGAGAAGAGGUUUCGUGAGAAACCAAUGGAUCAGUGGUUGAAAGUCCUGGAAGGGAGUGGCCUGCCGUAUGGAGCCAUUAACGAUGUCGUCGACGCGUUGGAGCACCCGCAAGCGACCGCCAGAGAGAUGGUCAUGGACAUCAAUGAUUUCGAAGCUGCGAGGGAUGGCGUGUUGAAGCUGAUCGGUCCUGCGGUCAAAUUCGAUGGGCUUGCCAUGGAUGUCCGGAUAAAGCCACCACUGCUGGGCGAACAUACCGACGGGGUCCUGGCAGAUCUUGGGUAUGGACCUGCGCAAAUUGCUGAAAUGAGAACAGCUGGCGUCGUCUGA